AUGGUCCAGAAAUCUUGGAAAGGACAUCAAAAGCAAAAUCAUUCCGCCAGAGCAAAAAAGCACCGAGACGCAGCAAGCAGUGCCGCAUCGUUUGCGCCCGCGAGGCUGGAAGGAACGCCAUCUAUUCGCCAACAGCAAGCGUCUCGAUACCUUGAGGCAGCAUGCAAGACUGCAAAUUUUGUUGAACGAAGCCGUCUCAUCAAUGAUUUAGCAGCUUCCAACAUUGCUGACGAUGUUGAAGGACUCAGUGCCGCAAAGGAACAGCUUCAAGUUGUUCAGAAGAGGCUUCAGGUGCGGGAAGCCUGCAAUUUCGAGGGUUUUGCUGCUCGACGCCUUCAAGCUGCUUCUCGUCUGGCGGCCCACGAUGAGCGCAGAUGGCCGGUGUUGGAUGCAGCCGUGGAAGCUGGGGAGGCAGCCACUGAGAGGUUGAGGGAGGCGCAGCUGACCAGGGCCAAGAAGAUUGCAUCGCUGACCCGGAAGGUCCUGAAUCAGUGGCAGUAUGGGAUGAUUGAUAGAUUGCAAGAGGUGGUGGAUGCCCAGGACUUGGAGCUACUGGAUACUCUGCGCCCUUGGAUUGAAAGGGCUCAGCUCCAAGAUCACGAGGAGGGCGCAGAACUUGUGCAGCGCAUUGACAAGCUUGGCAGCGCAACGGAAGCCCUACAAUCGGCGCUCGAUAUCGGCACUGGAGCUGCCUUUCGAGAAGCGCUGUGGAAAUCAGAGGAGGCUGCUUUGAAUCCAGCUCGAUGUGACAUGCUCCAGAGAGUGGACAGCGCCUAUGGGCCCAUUCGCGGCCGCAAUCUUGGCCGCUGGGCCAUUGUGGCUUCUCGCACGAGUGGCGACAAGGAGUGCCUUCAGGCAGCCUUGGUUGUCGCAGAGCGUUGUGGCCUAGAUACAGACACUGUCAGUCAAUCUUUGGAGACGGCAAAAAGCGCAAGAGACAUGCUCUCGCAGAUUGCCCAACUCACAGUGGCCAGCAGGCAGGAAGAUGUUAGCAAGCUGGAAGCGGCUAUCCAGAGCACGAAGAAUCCGCAACAGGAGGCAAAGUUGGGCCGGCGGGCUUCACUGGACAAGCUCCUUGCUGAGGUUCGGAUGGAGGCUCUCCAGACGCUUUUUGACACCAAGCAAAAAGCCAAGGUGCAAGAGGAGAUCAAGGCAACAGCCGCCAAACGCUCCACACAAGUAUUACAAGAACUGCCCAAAAAGAUCCAAGAUGCGGAAAAGUUGAGGAUGUCUGGUGAUGCAAAAGAGGCCACAAGAUUGUACAAGAAGGCACUGCUCGAAAAGGAGAUCCGUGGUGCCAUGGUUCUUUCCGAUGGCCAUGCGCUGCGUGCUGCUGUUUCCAAAGCCAAUGCGUCUGCCUUUGCCGACAGCCUUGAUGAACAACUAUUGGAGUCUGCGCGAGCUGCUCUGCGCGAGAUGACACUACUAGACCAAGCGAGGGAGAUUGUCAAAGGUAGCAAUACCAUGACGGAGCUGGAUGGGGCUUUCGACAAGCUCGUGCAGGAAAAUUUUCCAGAAGGCGUCAGACCCCAGAGCACGCUGGGCAGGGCACAGGCUCAAAUCAAGCUCGUGCGGCAGAAGGUAGCCGAGCUGGAUGACCUCAUCCAGUCGCCCAUCUCGUUCGAGAACAGCUCUUCUCUGCUGCAGGAGAGCGGAAUGCGGCAGCUGCGCCUUGUCUUGGACAUACUACGUCCUCACCCCUACAUUGCAAUGACUAUCGAGCAGUCAGCUUCGCACAUGGCCGGCGAGCGCUCAAAAACGGUCCAAGAUCUGCUUCGAAAGAGCUGCAGAAAUCAGCUUAUCUCCAAGCAGACCAAAGAGAAGAACAAGCAAGUCAAGCUAUGCUGCGAUGUGGAGACGUGCAACUCCGAGAUCAAAGCAACUCUCUUGAAGAUGCUUCAGAAGUGCCUUGGUUGGGAUGGCGCUGUCACCUAUGUGUCAGCUUGCUGGCCCUUCGCUUGGCGCCCUAGCUGGCUCCAGCCACGGAGAGACAUUGGCAAUGUGGUGCGGGAAAGACUAGCAGCUGGUCAUGCAUUGUACAAUGGCAAGCAUGGCAGCAACGUGGACAUCAAGUCCCUAUUCUUUGCACCUGAUCCAAAUCGUUGCAUGAUGAAGUCCUAUACGAAUUUGCGGAAGCUGGGGAGUGGCGCGUUUGGUUCCGUUUACAAAGCUCAGUGCCGCCUGACGGCUGAGUGGCGUGCCAUCAAGAAGCUCCCUCUGACUGAUGUCGAAGAUGACAUGGCCUUUGUCUAUGCGGAGCUGGAAGCCAUGAUUCAUUUGCACCAUCCCAAUGUCGUCAAAUUCUACGAGCACUUCGAAGAGGAAAGUGCCAUUUUCCUUGUCACAGAGCUCUGUGACGGUGGCGACUUUUCAGAGCUGAACCACGGCAUCGAUGACCCCCAGGAAGUGAAGUUGCUGAUUCGAGAUGUGGUGAAGGCCCUCGCAUAUUGCCACGAUCAUGGUGUUGCACACCGCGAUCUCAAAUUUGAGAACUGCUUGAUAAAGGAGAGCAUCCGCGACUGCAAGGUGGGCAAGGUCAUCGAUUUUGGGCUUUCAGCAAUCCGUUCCAGAGGAGAAGACGAGCACACCUGGCUCAACGACCAGCUGGGCACCCGCUUCUUUGUGGCGCCUGAAGUCAUCGACAAAAGCAUCCCUUAUGGGUGCAAGUGCGACUGUUGGUCAUUGGGCGUGAUGCUGUACAUCAUCCUGACCGACGAGCACCCAUGCUCACCUGAUGCCCACAAGCUUGAGACGGCAGCUCUUUUUGGGAAGAUCCUCACGGGUAGAGUGCGCUCCAGACCGUUGCAGGAGGCGGAUGUCGACCAUGACGCUGCAGAGCUGCUCUACGCGCUUUUGGAGAAGAACCCGGAUGCUCGCAUGGACGCACAAGGUGCUCUGCGAAGCCCGUGGCUUGCGAACAUCCAGGACUCCCGGCCCAAGCUGCUGCACAGUCCAGCGUCGUCCGAUUCAGACCUCAACGUCUCCCAGACAACCUCACCCGUAUCACAUGGAAUGAUUCGAAGGUUAGCUACCUUCCGGCAUUACUCCAAGUUCGAGCGGGCCGUGCUCACGCUCGUUGCUCACAGAUCGGAGGAUGCUCAUGUAGCUGAACUGCGGGAUGCCUUCCACACGUUGGAUGUCUCGCAGUCAGGUUCUUUGAGCAAGAGUGAGAUCAAAGAAGGCAUCCAUCGAUGCGGCCAUGCUGUGGGAGAUGUGGAGUUGAACGAAAUUUUUUCAGCCUUGGAUGCCGAUGGGACAGGAAAAGUUCAUUACACGGAGUGGUUGGCAGCCACAAUGCAACCGUCUGCGCUGGCUACCGACAAGGCUAUCAAGCAGGUGUACCACUAUCUUGACAUAGAUCAGACUGGCCACAUAGCUCCUCACGAGCUGUAUAGGGUGCUGGGCUGCAACGACUCAGUGAAAAGCGUCUUGCAGCUGGGCGACACAAACGGCGACAGUCUGAUCAAUGAAGACGAGUUUCGUGUGCUUAUGCGCAACUUGGCAAAGAGGCUUGACCAAAUGGAUCUCCAUCCAAAGCGGCUUGGGUUUCAUCUGCCUGAGGCAAACAGCAUUCAACUUUGA